AUGCUCGUCAACAAAGUUAUCCCCGGAACCCUCACCGUCCCUCCAACAAUCCACUCCCCUAACUCAACCCGUCCAGUCCUCGUCUACAGGGAUGCCUUAGUCGACAAGACGCCCCAAGGAGCCUCAAGUUCCAUAUACCAGUCUGAAUGGGUGUAUGGAGGCCACUGGAAAAUAGCAGAAAAUACGCUCGCAGCCGUCCCUCACUACCACUCCAUCACCCACGAGGCGUAUACAGUUCUACACGGAACAGGAACAUACCGGCUUGGAAAAUCUCCCCUUGACCCCGAAGUCGAUGCAAAUGGUGAGGAGGUUGGUGUCGUGUUCACUGCUCGCGCGGGAGAUGUUUUUGUGUUCCCUGCCGGUGUCACCCAUUGCGUUACAAAUACUUCCGACAAUUAUGAAGUUAUUGGAUGGUAUUCGCUGAAUGACAAGAAUUCCCGAGAGCAGCCAUGGGACUACGAGGAGGCGCUUGACUCCCCGGAGGAAACGAACAGAAAACGUACGAUCUGCGAUUCAGUGCCUACGCCGGCUCUUGAUCCCAUUUAUGGAAAUGAGGGACAUUUAUCAAUUGUCUGGAAGCGGGACUGA